ACACACACCCAGUCCAUGACUCAUGCCAUUUGACAAAGAUGCGGUGCAGCAGUUAGGGGUGGGAGAGUGAAAAAAGCGGAUGUGUGAGUGUGUCUCCGCAAGAUAAAGAUAGAAGCUUGUAGAAAAACCUGGAUUAUAAUCCUCUGCUUUGGCUGUGAAACUGUGUGGUGGGGAGACGGGGGGAGAGACAGGACGUCAAGCCAACCAGAGGGGAGCCUUGGUGGGUCUAUGGGAGUCAGACACCAAAAACGAGGGAUGUUUUAUUUUAUUUUUUGCUUUAUAUUUUUCACGUGCACUUUAAAUCACUAGCAUGACUUGUUAGCAUGAUUUAAAAGCGGGGCAACAUGCAGGAAAAGCAAGAUCCUUCCAGGCGAGGGCCAAGCAUCUUGGGGAAGGCUCAUCCAGCUCUCAAAGCCUUUAUGUGCGGCUCCCUCAGCGGCACCUGCUCCACGCUGCUCUUCCAGCCGCUGGACCUGGUUAAGACGCGACUGCAGACCCUGCAGAACAACGCCAAGCCAGGGUCACCAAAAGUGGGGAUGCUUAGUGUUUUCGUCAACGUGAUAAGGACAGAGAGCGUUUUCAGCCUGUGGAAAGGAGUUUCACCGUCAUUUGUUCGCUGCAUCCCCGGGGUGGGCAUCUACUUCAGCACCUUCUACUCCCUCAAGCAGCACUUCUUCCUGGACCGGGCGCCCAACGCCUGGGAGGCCGUGUUACUGGGCGCCAGCGCCCGAUCUGUGGCCGGCGUCUGCAUGCUGCCGUUCACCGUCAUCAAAACGCGUUUUGAGAGUGGCUAUUACAACUACGUGAGCGUGGCUGGAGCUCUGAAGAGUGUGUACGAGACGGAGGGAUUGAGAGCGCUGUUCUCUGGCCUCACCGCUACUCUGCUCCGAGACGCCCCCUUCUCUGGGAUCUAUGUCAUGUUCUACAGCCAGGCCAAGAAAACGCUGCCUCCAGAGGUGACGUCGUCAUUCUACGUCCCCCUGGUGAACUUCAGCUGUGGUGUGGUGGCAGGCGUCAUGGCGUCACUGGUCACGCAGCCUGCAGAUGUGGUGAAGACCCACAUUCAAGUCAGCCCAUCACACUGGAGCACGCUGGAUGCCAUUAAUUACGUGUAUAAGGAGCACGGCUUGUCCGGGUUUUUUCGCGGCGCUGUACCUCGGUCUCUGCGGCGUACUCUGAUGGCCGCCAUGGCCUGGACUGUCUACGAGCAGCUGAUGGCUCGAAUGGGCCUCAAAUCCUAAAGAUUCUUAUAUAUUUUGACAAUUUUCUAAUGGUAGGAGUGUGUGAAUGAGUGUGUAAGUGUAUAAGUGCUAAUUUAUUUGUUGGUAAAAAUGUAAAUUUGUAGAUGUGUUCCUUCAGGAUAUUGAGGCAACAAAAGACUGUCAUGCUGUGAACUUCUUGCUAUUCAUGACUCCUGACUGAAUUUUAUUGAAGGUCAGAAUUUGACAUGCACAUGACCCCGCCCCCUCCAAAAACAAAAACAUUACACUGCAUUAUGCCAUAUAUCUUAAACUUGCACAAGACUUAGCAACUUAGAAGUAUUUCGUACUUGCCAGUAAACCUUCACAAAUAUACAGGUUAUUCAGUUUUAGCCUCAGACAAUCAAAAACACACAUUGAUGCAUUAUGGGGAAAAUACCUUUGCUCUAAGAUCCCAAUAUAGCCUUUAUUGCCCUAUGCUACGCUUUAAAAUGUUCCAAUACGACCGUUUACAAUAGUAAACCCCAUGCUCUGAUUAACUAGGAACAAAUUAAAGCAUGCAGUGGCAUCUCUGGAUUAUUUUGAUAUUUAAAUAAAGCCUAUAUUUUUAGGGACAUGUAGCAGGUAUUUUCUAAACAGGGUGUAAGACCUCAGAGUUGACUUAAUGAACCUGUUAUUCUAUUUGCAGGACAAUAAACUGGCAAGAGAAGAAUUUGCUUAACAUGAUCUCCGGUCUUGUGCGCACACUUGUUAGUUCAAGCAUCUGAAGGCACUUUGCUGUACAUAUGUAUUAUUGUUGACAAUAAGAGAGAAAUAUAUUAUUAUUACCA